ACUACUUACUCACUCUGAAAACACCACUUAAAAAACUUGCUUUCAAAAGUACCACAAGAUACGAGAAGAACAAAACGAUAUCCAAAAGAAGAGUUGUUAACUCUCUAACCUAUACCAUCUUCAUCUUGAAACUAAGGACGAGGAGACUUUCGGCCUGAACCAAAACUCAUCAAAGAACAGAAUCGCGACGAAACUCCAGAAGGAAAGGAAAAAAAGCGCAACAUAAUCUUCGAGACGAAAGGGCAAACUAGGUGCACCAACAUCAAGAAGAGCCAUCUUGCCAACAGAGACGCGACGGCAAAGGUGCUUUAAUAUCAUGAAUUACAUUGAUCAUCAAGAUUGACGGAGGUGUUGCACGCCGCUGGCAGAGGCGGUCUCUUGCUGAAUCUUUGCUGAUUUGAGCGGUGCGGGCAUCUUUCUUUUGCAUUUGACGUCGCUUCCGUCUUACCUCUCAUCUCGACAUGCAUGUAGGCCCUUAUUGAGCGAGACGCAUCACGUUUGACCUCUAUUGUCGGCGUGGGCACCGCUUACCCCUGUGCCUCCGCGUGCGCAGUGUGGGACCGUUUCCAUUCCAAAGUCGAUGUUUGCCUGCCAUUAUUUCGAGAGCGUUGCCCUUGCCUGCCCCAUGCCACUUCAUACCCGAUCGUACCUCUGUUGAGCUUGGCUUUUCGUUCUCGUGUACACUAAAGCGCUCUAGGGUAGUUUAGGUAGUGUGUGGGGGCAAACCGAUUGUGGUGCCAGCUCGUUCACUUCGUGCUCGCACACGCACAUCAAAAUCCGUGGGGACUCUUCGUGGCUGCUCGCUGCAGCAGAGCAGGAUGCUCAGCAGCGUUGUAAAAGAACAGUCUAGAAGACCUACAGUCCGCCAGGCUGUUCGUCGUAGUGCCUGCUCCCACUAGCAGAAUAGCGUUGCCUCCAAUCGCGUCGCUGCGAGCAUUUCCAGGAGUGGGCUGGUCCGUAGGACUUCAACGAUGAGCAUCGCGCUUGUACUGGUCCUGUUGUACAGACCUAGUAGAUUGAGAUCCGCGUCUGAGACCGGGCCGUACCAAAAAUGCGACAAAGGGUUUAUGGGUCAUGAAUAAGAAUUUAGACCUUAGAAUUUAGUAGAAAUACUGAUAAGCGAGACUGGCGGAAACCAGUUCAAAGCCGGCGCAUCAAUCUCACUUCAGGCACCAUCACAGGACCAGAGGAAAAUCAUUGUAACGCGCGACGAACUGGAUCUGGAUUUACAAGCAGACUCGCUCUCGUCGUCUGCUGGGACAGGGACACACACCAUCUCAAGAAGCAGUACCGCUUCCGGUUUCUUUUCGAAGAACAAGACCGCCUUUACGACUACAACUCCGUACUCGAGGCAGCGACGACACAAAGUCUUCAAACCGAAAAAGCGGACUCCUGCUUGGCAACCACUGAGCGGAAGUCAGCGGCUUUUUUUUAAGAAUUAAAAGCAACGGAAGAAGAAGAGGAACGAGAAGCAGCUGCGACAACUCGUCAGUAAAAUAUAUUGCAACACCACAAGCGGAAGGGAGUUCGCAUUGUGCUUGGUACCCUACUUACGCGUGCUCUGACGUAAAAAUCGAGACUGUUGUACAAGGACAACCCGAACGAGCCGGACGAGGAACAUUCGGGCUUGCAGCCAUCUGCUCUAGUUUCUCGCAAGUUGUUGGAACAAGAAGUUCAGUGUCGCAAACUCGGCACGGCAUCCGGUUUUCAAACUUGCAAAGAGACGAAAAUAAAGGCCUUCAUUAGCCACAUUCACCAGAACCUGCAAAGGAGAAUGGCAGGUCGUGGCGCCAAGUAUUUUCUAUCCGCGUCGGUUGGCUGUUUCUGCAUUCUCGAAGCCGAGUCCGUCAAUCUCUCUGAGCAUCGCAAAGCUACUGCUGGCGUGAUGCAGGCGGGUGAUGAAGUGCAACGGGAACGGCCCGGCCUGCUUGCUUCGUCCGCUGGGGCGUCUGCGGCCUUUGUUGAAAAGCAACGCCAGCACGAGCGGAUGCAGGCGGCCAUCCCGCCAAAGAAGAUCUUCGACACGGGAGACGACAAAACCGCCACAAAAACGGACGUGCAAAACAACUUCGACGUGUAUGGUCGAAAGGGCUCUGAUCGGCAAACUCCAACGAAGCCGCACGCGUCUACUACAGUGCAGGUGUACCGGCUCUAUCGAGUUUUGCACUGCGACAACGACAUCUCGAUGUUUCUGCAGAUCCCAGCCGGACACCACGCUGCUCAGCACGACAUACUGUACUUUACGACGACAUCAAACUCAAACGGCGUACCGCCCGAGAACUUUGUCGAGCAGGACAAUGCUGCCGAUGUGUACUUUAAAGUUUUCACCCUCGACGAGGAAGCUCUGUACAAAAUCGAGGAACCUUUUGACGACAAUGUCUGCUGCAAGUCGGAAGCUCCUCAACCGUUUCGAGAGAGUUUGCGUUUCGCUGUUUCUCACGACGCCGUCCCCAGAAACUAUCCAAAGGCGCUGUUCAUCAACAAGCGGGUGGAACCGAACACAAUACUGACAACUAAGAGACGCUCCGAUGGCAGCAUCAGCCACCACAAAGAGUUCUACGUGGCGACAGCGGUGGAGCAAAACCCAGCAACGGAACAUGUGGCCAUCUUUCCUUCGAAUCGGGAUCCACCUUAUAUUGCGUAUGGCGAAGACGAAUAUGAAAAUGGUCAAUCAUCAUGGUCUUUAUUUCGGCCCUCGCGCGGAGGCACGCGCCCGGAGGUCCGCUCUCUUUAUUUCCUGGACUACCCAAAACGGACGGAGGCGCCGACGUAUCAAAUGAAGAUCACCCCCUCGAGAUUCCAAGAUCACCCCCCUCAAGAUUUAGGGCUUCGGUGGUGUCGUCUAGGCCAGCCGCCGCGACGGCGCCGGCGCGACAGCCGCCCCAGACGGCUCCUGUUUGCGCCUCCUUGCUCUUUGGGGGGUUUUGCCCCGGCGACCUCGUCCUCUCUGCGCGCGUGCA